GGACUUCUUUCUCUCGCUCAUUCCGUCUCUGUCUCCUUUCCUUCUCCCAAGCACAUCGGGGUGCUGCCUGGAGCCCAGGCCUGGCUCCAAACCCAUGAAAAUUGGCCAAGCGUAAAAGCUUCUCAAGAAUGAGAUGGAUCCUGGGGCAUCUUCCCCCGAGAAGCUGGAUAAAGAGAAUUUAGUGGGCAUCAGCAGCAAACGGCUUGGUGUCUGUGGCUGGAUCCUGUUUUCCCUUUCUGUCCUGUUGAUGAUCAUUACCUUCCCCAUCUCCAUAUGGAUGUGCUUGAAGAUCAUUAAGGAGUAUGAACGUGCUGUUGUAUUCCGACUGGGACGCAUCCAAGCUGACAAAGCCAGAGGGCCAGGCUUGAUCCUGGUCCUGCCCUGCAUCGAUGUGUUUGUCAAAGUUGAUCUCCGAACUGUUACCUGCAACAUUCCUCCACAAGAGAUCCUCACCAGAGACUCUGUGACUACCCAAGUGGAUGGAGUCGUCUAUUACAGAAUCCAUAGUGCUGUCUCUGCAGUGGCUAACGUCAACGAUGUCCACCAAGCCACGUUUCUGUUGGCUCAGACGACUCUGAGAAAUGUCUUAGGGACGCAGACCUUGUCCCAAAUCUUAGCUGGCCGAGAGGAGAUCGCCCACAGCAUCCAGACCUUACUUGAUGAUGCCACCGAGCUGUGGGGGAUCCGGGUGGCCCGAGUGGAAAUCAAAGACGUCCGGAUUCCCAUGCAGUUACAGAGAUCCAUGGCAGCCGAGGCAGAGGCGACCCGGGAAGCCAGGGCCAGGGUCCUUGCAGCAGAAGGAGAAAUGAAUGCUUCCAAAUCUCUGAAGUCAGCCUCCCUGGUGCUGGCCGAGUCCCCCAUAGCCCUGCAGCUGCGUUACCUGCAAACCUUAACCACCGUAGCCACAGAGAAGAAUUCCACCAUUGUGUUUCCUCUGCCCAUGAAUAUCCUGGAGGGCAUUGGUGGUGUCAGCUACAACGACCGCAAGAAGGUUCCUGACAGAGCCUGAGGUCCCCCGGCUGUAGCCAGCCUUUGCUUUGGGAGUUGUUUCUGUCUGUCAGAAGAACUCAGCGGUAGAAGUGCGGAGAAUCCCAACAUUAUUGAAGCAGAGGACUCCCCAGCUGGAAUAGCAUUAGCGAGGAAAUGCCAUAGAGGCUAAAAAAAGGAGGGCUGUGUACUUUUAUUAUUCAAGAGCAUGAACAGCAUGAUCCUUAUUGUAUUCAGUUAGCCGGCCUUCCUGACUUAAGGAGGGAGAUUUUUGCAGUGAGGGGAAGAAAUCCUUGGGUGACUGUGACUAAGAUUUCGGCAUUACUUUUGAUUGGUUUGAGGACGUUCUCUAGAUAAUUUAUAAAGUCACAUAGGCCACCUGUUUACACGAGAUGUUUGCUUUAUAAUUCCCGAGUAAAAUUUCCAAUAAUC